GAAGAAAGCCGGGUGCGAAGAAGAAGAAGAAGAAGAAGAAGAAGAAGAAGAAGAGGCAGAAUUCACACAAAGACCGGAUAACGACAAUCGCGUGAGUGAGCACCCCGCGAGGAGCGGAGAAGCGAAGAGAGAGACGAGAGGAGAAGAGAGA